GCAAGGUCGAAGUUGAAAAUGAUGACGUUUUCAACAUGGCGGAACCAGGAGCAAAUUUUCACAACUUUCUGCAUUUUUUUGUCUGAAAAGAGCUACCUUUCCAGUCUCUGGUAACCUGCCGUCUUGCAGCUAUCGAUUAAGGUCGGUAGCAUUUAUAGGAAUCAUUUUUACGUGGAUUUCUUUAGCUAUUGAUCAUGAAUUGGGCGUUAUAAUUUGUCCGUUUCGCGCACAUGCUAGGGGUCACGUAACACGUUUGUUAGCAGACGACAAACCAGAAUCUUCACAACGAUGUUUUCGACACGAGGACUUCCUUCCAGGACGGCUUUGCCAUCUUUUCUUCGAUUACCUGACGUGUUGGCCACAAACACUGUAAGGACUACGACAAGCUUGCCACGUAGGAGCGUUACAGAUCAUUUAUUAGCAAAUUCCAGAUCACGUUUCAACGCCCAUCAAAGGACUGCAUCUCACUUUGCAUUUCGGGAUCAUUUCAACAGUAAUCCAUUGCUAGGAUGUAAGAAAGAUAGUGGUUUGAUAAUGAACAGAUUGCAGAGGCGUGUUGUUAGUAUGUGGCCUUCAGGAAGAAAGUCGGACUGGCAGAAAGCCCUUUCGGACGCAGAGAAGGUGGUGGGUUACCCGACAUCCUUCAUGAGUCUGCGCUAUCUGCUGAGUGAUGAGCUGUCUAACGUGGCCAUGCACCUGAGGAAGCUGGUGGGGACGAAGCAUCCCAUCCUCAAGACGGCAAGGGGUUUUGUGUACGAUGGUAACAACAGCAUGCAGACCCGAGGCCUGCUGGUGCUGCUGGUGUCCAAGGCUGCAGGGCCAGGUGGGGAGUGGGAGGAGGAGGAGGAAGAGGAAGGGGAGGGGGAGGACAGCAAUGGGAGGACAAUGGUCUCUGGCAUCUAUCGAAGCCAGAGGAGUCUUGCAGAGAUAACAGAGAUGAUCCACACAGCAUACCUAAUGCAUCGAGGGGUCGUUAACCUUGAGGAGGUGACCUCUGCUGAUGGAACAGUCGGUGACAUGUCCUUUGGAAACAAGAUGGCGGUGCUGAGUGGGGAUUUUCUACUGGCUAAUGCCUGCACUGGGCUGGCUCAACUCAGGAACACUAAGGUUGUGGAGAUUGUGUCCAGUGCCAUUGCUGACAUGAUGGAGGGAUCGUUCUUACUAGAACAGGACAACCAGGGUGUCACCUUCCUACCAGACAAGGACUGGACCAUCAAGGACUGGACCAACCACAGCUUCCUCUGCUCGGGCAGUCUGAUUGCCAAGUCCUGCCAGGCCGCCAUGAUGCUGGCCGGUCAUCGGCUGGACAUACAGAAGAAGGCCUACAACUAUGGGAAACACAUGGCGCUGGCGCACAGGCUGCAUGCUGACCUCCUGCCCUUCUCAGACUCCAGUGACCCCAACAUGCCCUUUGCCCUGACCUCUGCCCCCAUGGUGCUUCACAUGGAGCAUGCUGGGAGGGCGGCUGUUACCGACAAAAUUACUCAGGUUUCAGACAAGGCAAUGAAAGUUGACUACAAGCAGCUCCGCCUAGAGGUUCUGAAAGGUCCUGCAGUCCAUGCUGCUAAGGAACUGUGCUACGACCACUCCCAGAAGGCACUCGCUGCUGUGACAGUGUUCCAAGAGUCUGAGGCUAAAAGUGCUCUGGAGAACAUGACCAGAGCUGUCACAAGGUUCUAAGCUUGAAAGUAGAAUGUUACAAUACAUUUGUAUUAUGGCAUUAUGGAGCUACUUCUUUGUAAAGAGGCUACUAAACAAUAUUAUAUUUCAUAUUGGUUGAACCAGUGAAUGCAAAAUGAAAUUGUGAGUGAUCCUUCAAAUAGAUUCCUUAGUUGCCUACAUGUUAUUUGAAAUAAGUAUGUAACAUGUAAUGCUGAAUGAAUCUCAGAAAAUGUGUGGCAAAUGUUCAAUAGUUUUUACUUGCUCGUUUAUUGAAGCAGUGUUUUUAUGUAUGUUAGCUUGAAUGUUUUGCACACAAAGCAAUAUUCUCCUAGAUACUGGUCCUCUUCAGUCAAAAAUAAAUAACAAGCAUUUUCUGUUUUUUAUUUGGCAAAGGGGAAUGACAUCUCUUUGAUAUAUUCUUAUACUACAACUUAUAAUGUCACAUAUCACUCACAUUUACUAACACAAACUACCUGAAAUCCAAUCCAAAUUCAUCUUACGACAUUUUAGACAUAUUGGAUGUUUUAGGUUUCAUGAGAUGAUGCCUCAUUUUUGUGUCCUUAGUAUUUUCUUAUUCCAAAGUAGAGUAAUGUUCUGGUGUGUUUCAUACUAAGUUGUGUAGACAUAUUUUACUGCCAAGUUUGGUUGUAUUUACAUCAUAAUCUAUAUUAUGAUUGUAAGAUCCUCAAGUGUAUUGUAAAAUCUGUAGUUGUGGGAAAAGGUGAUUAUCAUUAUGUAUUAGUGACUUAUUUCUUCCAUCACUGUAUUGAUCAUACUAUGGCUGUUUAGUGGUGAUGUCUGGCCAUGUGAAAUUACCUCAUGAAUUUCUUGACGUCCAAUGGAAUCCGAUGCUGCUCACAUAAGCGUAAACCUGUUUGUCAACAGAAUUCAAUUCAUGUACAGCACAUGCUUGAGUCCUAGAAUUUUCCUUUUACUGUACUAUUGUUGUGCCAUGUGUGUGAAGACAACUACUCUACAUUACAAAUUUACAAUGGUUCCUUUUGAACUUCUCUGGAAGAAAAUUUCAUUUAUCACUAUAGAAAUGGUGCUACAAAAAAACGAAAAUUUACACAG